AUGGAAUUAGAACAGCAACAACAACAUCUUAUUGUUAGUGGAGUUGAUGAAAAUGGAAAUAAGAAGAGAAUUGAAGGGGAUUAUUAUUUAAUUUUACCAUUAGAAGAAAAUGCAGUAUAUCCACCAUGUGGUAUUAUUGGAGGAUUAAAAGAUACAUUAUUGUUUAUAUUAACAUGUUUACAAUAUUUAAUUCAUAAUCCAAUGCAAUCAAUUAUUGUUGGAUUAACACAUCCAUUAUGUGUAGCUAUUUUUCUUACAAUAACUACAGGGUAUUUUAGUGGAGUAAUAAUUUGUUUUUCACAAGAAAAUCAAAGAAUAUUUUAUAGGUUCCAUCCAGAUAUUAAAUAUCAACAAUUCAUAUUAGAUGAUAUAGGAUUUACUUUAAUGCCAUUUGUUGAUAUUGUUCAAUUUGCUGAUAUUUAUCUUGGAGCAAUUAUUAUUAUAUGUUUAGUGUUUAGAUUUUUUAUAACAAAGUAUCGUUUAAUUAUUUUACGAAGGUAUUUUACUUUAAUGGGAGUGUUAUUUGCAAUUCGAUUAGUUUGUGUUUAUUUAACUAUCUUACCUGAUCCAUCUCGAGCUAAAACUACUGUUAAUUCAAAUCCAUUCUUAGAAGGAUUUUAUAUUAUGACAGGUCUUCAUUUCUCAACAGUAGAUAAAUUAUUUAGUGGUCAUACUAUGUCCAUCACUUUAAUAGCUUUGUUU